AUGUGGUAUUUCUCUGCUUUUCUUCAGUCUGAGAGCCCAGAGGAGCAGCCGAGUACUGGAGUCUUGGGUCGUAUUGGCAGUUGGUUCUCUCCGUGGAGGGGAAAGCCACCAAAAAGUCCCUCUGAAAAUGAUUCCCCAACUAAUGAUCACAGUCUUAAAUCAGAGAGAGAGGAGGAAAGUGAGGAGUUUGUGAGUCCUCAGGCAGGGGGACAGAAGGAGGAGGAGAAUCCCAAUCCACUGGGUCUCUUCAGAGACAUUUUCCCCUGUGAAGAGGAGGACGCCACGCAGUCUGCCCACAGAGUCGGCUCUGUUGUGAGCAGCACUCAGACACGAGAAGGAGGUCCAAAAGAGGAGGAGCUCGCGGAGAGCAGGAAGCAGAGAACAGGGCAGGGCAAGGAGAGGGAGGAGAGCAGCAACGGUGCUUCAGCGAGUGGGAAUCCUGAAAAGAAUGCCAGCCAUCUGACACAUCUCUCCUUCCCUUCUAAACAGGGAGUGGUAUGGGACUCUGACCAGGCCGACACCCAGCCUCAGGCCCAGAAACAAGCACAGGCCCAGACAGGCAAGAGACUCCAUGUGUACCUGGAGGAGACCAGCGUGAUUCACUGUGGCAAAGACAAGCGUGCCGGUCAGGAAGUCGUCUGCACCACAGUCACAAAAAGCCUCCAGGUCCUCCCCAAGGCAAAGUCACUGACGAGAUUUGAUGUACCAAAUAGCCCAAGUCAAGCCAGUGCAGAGCAUGAAAGAACAAAUGUGGUGUCCACUGUUGGUGCACAGAGUUACUGCAGUGCUGUAGUGGGAGUGUCAUUAAAAUCACAAAAAGACUCACAAUUAGAAUCUACUGAAGAACAAAGAGAAGCUGACAAUAUGGGGCGUAAAAACGCAUCCAGGAGGAAAGCUAGGAAGAACUCUCAGGGAGAUGGAGGGAAUAGCCCUCUGGAAAAAAUGCCCCCUAACGCCCAGCCUGUCCCACAGGGAAAGCCUACAUCCAGUGACUCAACAAGCAGUUCUCAGGGCAAAAGUCCAAAGACUCACAUGAGAGAGGCUCCUACAGGCUCCUCCUCUAAGCCUAACUCCACCUCGCAGACCUUACCUGAGGGAGGAGGGGGAAGUAAGGCUUCCUGUCCUGAGUCCAUCAAGCAGUUGGACAACUUCCAAGACUCAAAAUCAGUCACUGCAGAGACUCAGGUAUGUGUGGUGGAUGGUGGCGCAGACAUGGAGGACGAUGACAGCCUGUACAAAGUGGAACGGAAGACAGAGACGCCGGAGUCCAAACGCAGGAGUAUUAAGGUUUCUAGGAGCGAGGUGAAGGUUUUUCCAAAGAAUGUGCCUUUCAACCCAAAACAAAGUCCUGUGGAAGAAACCCAGGAAACUAAUGCAGCAUUACAGGAUAACAAAGAUGAAGCAAAGGAGAAGGUUAAAACAGAGACUGAUUCAAGAACACGGGGUCUGAAGACAACAGAUGAGGAGCCAAAACCAGCUGUUGGUCGGAUUGCAGAUAAAAUCAGCCUCUUUGAGCAGCAGCGACCGUUCGGGGGCAACAAGCAAACCUUCCGAACUCCAAGGAGUGCUGAUGUCUCUCCGGUCAGGAAAGUCACCGACAGGCUGAAGGCAGACUUUCUGCUGUCUGAUCAGAGGUCAAGAUCAGCUGAGCGAUGCAGCCAGGCCAGGUCCAGCUCUGCGUCACCUGGCAGUGAGAAGCCAAUGACGAUCAAGGAGCGAGCGCGGAGAUUUGCAGAGGCAUCUGGGUCAGACGCUAAACCAACACUGCUUAAAACACCAGCCACGACAGGAAUGUCUCAGAAACCCACUUCAUCUGUUGCUUCAUCAAAGCCACCUGAACUGGAUGGUCAGGGUAAACUGGAUACAAAGGAGCAGAUAAAGACAAAACCAAUGUCAGAGACAAAGUCAAAACCAGAAGAACGGGAUACCACUACUGUCGGGGGACAGAUUUCCACUUCUGAGGUACAAACAACAGACUCAAAAACAAAGCAAGCAGUGAGCUCAGAAACAGCAGAUAAGGAUACGAAACCUAACAGUGCUGAAAGAGAUACUCCAGCUGAAGAGGUAGUUGAUUCUGCAGAACAGAACAGUAAUAUUAGCCCUCACUCAAAAACCCCGAGCAGAGCAGGCUCCCGCUCUAAAAAAAGGAAAGGCAAAGAACCAACCAGUCCCAUCAGCCCAAGCAAUCAAAACAAACCAGAGUGCUCUACAAGUAAGCCGAAGGUCACUGAGAUAAAGCAAGAGCAGGUGGAUGAAGCAAGGGAGACUAACUCUGAGUCCAAACAACUUGCAGAAAACAUCUCAUUACCAUCUAAUCAAGCCCAAGGAAACACAACAGAUAAGCAGCUGAUGAGCGACACCAAACAGACAGCAUUUAAAAAGGAUUCGGAGGCAUCGGACAAACAAGAGAAACAGCCGGAUGCUUCAUUUAAAAAGAGGAAUAUUGACAAACCAGUCAGCAGCAAGGAGGAAUUGCCCAAACUGUCUGUCAACAAAGAUGAACCUGAUACUGCUGCUUGUAACAGUGGGACAAAGAAGCCUGUUGUCAAGGAUUCCGUUAUUUUACCCCAAAAGGAGGAAAAAGUAGAGGAACACAGCCUUGUAUUCACACAGGAAGGAAAAAAGGCCUCUGAGGACAGCAGAGAAACUUCGGCCUCCUCCUCCUCCUCACCUUCGACUGAAAAACCCACUGAUAAGUCUUCUGUAGUGGGGAAGGAUUCACCUGUUGAACAGCCCAAAUUAGAUAAAGAAGUGCCAAUAAAACCUGAAUCAAAAGCAAAAGCAAAAGCAGAGAAGCCUGAUAAAAAAGAAGCAGGGUCAUGCAAGGACACGGGGGUAAUAAAUCAAACUGAGAGUAAAGACGUGGAGAAAUUAGAGAAAGUGGAAAGCAAAACAAAUAAGCAGACUGAAGAAAAAGGCAGAGAAAAAACACAGCAGCCUCUGGAUUCAGACAAAAGUACAACAAAGGGCAAAGUUUCCGACGGUGGACAAGGCAUCUCAGAGAAAGAGGGGAGUGUUGCAAGAAAAGCCGAAAAAAAUAAGGAGACACAGCCGGUUAAAGACACAACAAAACCAGAAGCCAUCCAAGCAGAAUCCACCUCUCUGUCAUCAGAGAAGACCAGUGGAUCAUCAGACCUCCCCGUUCAAACACAACAUGUCAGCAACACAGAGACCACACAUCCAGAAAAGGCUGCUGCUCCUACUGUCACCCAGACUAAUGAGGCUGUGAGUAGCACUAAGAGUGAUAAAGGUCCUAAAACACAGAUGGCUGCAAAUGUGCCUCCAGAGCUGCAAACACGGCUGACAGAAAGCCCUGGAACAGAAACAGAGCCAAUGGUGAUUGCAGCAGAGCCGCAGCCUAAUUCUGUAUCUGUGGAAAAAACAGAGAGUUCACCCGAUGACUCAUGUGCACAUGGAGCUAAUGAUGCAGCGUCGUCCAGCUCGAAGCCUAUUACCAAAGCACCUCCAGCAGUUGAGGAAGUGAGUGUAAAAGUCGCUGAGGACACUCCAGCACCGACAACUGCACAGACUGACAUGACGCAUAAGGUAAAGAAAGAACUCUCGAUUAAAGAAUCUCCUCCUAUUUCUGUCUCUAAAUCUGAAAGCACAGAGGGAGCAGGACAGGAUCACGGGGGAACAAGUUCAGCUGCCAAAUCAGUGUCGUCAGAAGUCAAAAUCUCUGGAGACUUAUUGAAACCAGCUUCUAGCCACCCACAGACCGAGGCACUAAAAAAUACAGAGGGAACUAGUGAUGCGGCUUUGGUCAAGGAUGCAGAGAAAAUAUCUAUGAGUUUGUCUAACAGCAUGCCUUCAAGCUCCACAGCCAAUGUAAUGGAGCAGUCAGCUGACAAAACACUCAAUCUGCCCGUCAAUAAACUUUCGCUAGUUGGUAAUGGUGAUAAUUCCCCCCCUGCAAAACAGGAACCAAUCAAUAUCAAGCCGAGUCUGACUCAGAAAGCAUCAACUUCCCCAGAGGCUGAUAAGCUGAAUUCAGACUCAAUCCAGCGUUCACCCAUGAAGAAGCUCCAUUUGCCACGGGGACUGAGCAAAGAUGAUUCUUCACAGCAGCAAGACGCCCCCUCUAGCUGGCUAGAUGUGGACUUUCCCAAAAAGAAACUUAAAGUCCAAGAGGCCAGACUUAAAGCAUCUGGAAGUGAGAGCAAUCUUCUCGACACUCCCGGUGAUCUGGAUGAUGACGAUUUCAUUGAGAGAAUCAAGAACCUCUGCGUCCCGUUCUCCCUCCCACCGCGUAAACACAACCACUUUCGACCACCUCAGCCUCCCUUUGCAAUGCCGGCCAUCAGAGAGGAUCGAUUCGAGAAGACGUUUGACCCCGAGGAGUUCACGUUUGGCUUGAGGAAGAAGAAUCAGUACACCUUAGACACGACCCCGAGCCUUUUAGCCAAUCUUCAACAAAAAGACACAAAAGCAGGCCUGAAGCCUGCCAGGGCGAGUUUGGCUGACAGGAGCAUGCUGCUCAAUAGUCUGGACACUCACUCUCGUCUCAGGGAGAAGACCCCCGUCAAGGAGGAGGAGGAGGAGGAUGCAACGGAAGAGAAAGAAGAUAAGAUCAAGGUGAAGUCUCGCUUGGAGAGGAGUGGUAUCCUCAGCAGCCUCACCUCCUUGAGCGGGAAGAGAGGGAAGAGGAAUGGAGCUGAGACGCUGGCAGAGGGCACCAGCUCUGGGAGUGUGUCGCCGAGCGAAGCCGCCCAGCUCAGCCCUUCAUCUUCAUCCCAGUCACCCUCUCCCAGCCCAACCGCCACAGCUCCAAUCAAAGACAUACUGCCCAAGCAGCGUACAGAGGAAGCGCCGACUGCUGAGGUUGUGGUCUGUGACUCAGGUCCUCCACUUCCGUCUUUUAACGACAUCAAGCUGCCUGACUAUUUAGAGAAGUACCUCCCACGAGAUCAGGCAAAAGCAGUGCAGAGCGUACAAGGACAGGAGCAAGUCAAACCAGAGUCUACUGGAAACAUGUCAGCUCCAGUUGCUGGAGGUGAAAUAGAGCUGGCUGUGAAACCAGCUCCGACGCUUCCUAACGCUGAGGCUCCGUCUUUUCCUGGGAUCCCUCCAACCACACACGCAAUGCUCCCUGAGCUAAAGCAGCCUCCGGCACCGCCACAGGGGAUACUUAGAAAUAAUAUAAGAAACGCCAAAGGAUUUCACAAGCGCCCUGGAAAGAUGGUGUUGUUUGAAAAAGCUCAGUUCAGUGGCCAAGCAUAUGAGAUUUACAGGGAUGUAGCAGAUGCUUCGUCUCUGCAGCUCUCGCCUCUCGUAUCCGUGAAGGUCGUUAGAGGAUGCUGGGUGCUCUACGAGAAGCCUGACUUUCAGGGACGUACCAUCGCCUUGGAGGAGGGCGGCAUUGAAUUGGCAAAUGUGUGGGCUGAGCAUGAAAUGCAGGGAGAACCACACAACAGCCCACCAAUGCAGAUCGGCUCUAUCCGGCUCGCUGUCGAUGAUUACAGCAUCCCCCAUAUUGAUCUGUUUACUGAACCAGAGGGCCGCGGCAGAGUAACGCCUUACCACGAUGAUACAAUAGAAACAGGUUCAUUUGGCAUCCUGCUGAAUACGGCUUCCAUCCAAGUGCACUCCGGGGUGUGGUUGGUGUUCAGUGAUCCGGGGUUCCAGGGCAUGAUAGCAGUGCUGGAAAGAGGAGUGUAUCCUUUUCCUGAGACCUGGGGCUUUCCAUCCCCCUUCGUGGGAUCUUUAAGACCGCUUAAAAUGGGUGGUUUCAAAGUGGAGAAUCCUAAUGAAGUCAAGGCUGUGGUGUAUGAGAAGCCUGGCUUUGAUGGCCCCUGUUUGGAAAUCGACAGCGAUGUUUUCAGCUUCUGCGAGAAUGAAGGCGAAAUUGCUCCAGACGGAGAAAACCUUGACUCAAAGAAACUGACGUCUGUGGGUUCUCUGAAGAUCACUGGAGGAUUCUGGGUCGGCUACAGCGAGCCUGGCUUUGAGGGUCAGCAGCACAUCCUGGAGGAGGGAGAGUACCUGGACUGCAGUGAGUGGGGAGGCUCAGCGCUUCUGUCGUUGCGACCUAUACUUUCUGAUUUUAUGUCCCCGCACCUCAAGAUGUUCAGCGACCGAGAUUUUGGCAAGCUGGGAGUGAAUGUUGACGUCACAGUUCCUGUUAUCAACAUGGAUGACACUGGCUACGGCAUGAAGACGCAAUCUGUUGAUGUCGUCGGUGGUGUCUGGGUUGUGUUUGAACUGCCGGGUUUCUGCGGUGAGGCCUACGUCCUGGAGAAAGGCCUGUAUGGAAGCCCAGAGGACUGGGGGGCACUGCAGGACAGAAUUGGCUCGACAAUGAAUGUCAUGCUGGAGGAUUUUGAGAACACGGCCAAAUUUAAGGUGCAGCUUUUCUCCGAUGCAGGUUUUCAGGGCUCUGUCCUCACACUGGAGGACAGCGUGGCUUCGCUGCAGGACGGUUUCUCUGUGGCCUCGUGCAAGGUUUUGGCUGGCAGCUGGCUAGCAUUCGAGGGGAACGACUUCACCGGCAAGAUGUAUGUGUUAGAAAAAGGCAACUACUCAGACCUGAGAGCAAUGGGCUGCAUCGGUGCAAACCCCUCCAUCCUGUCACUGCAGACUGUUGGCUUUGAGUUCUCCCUGCCAUCCAUCACUCUUUUUGAGCGAUGCGGGCUGCGUGGGAAGAGGGUGGUUCUAACAGAUGGAUCUGUCAACCUUCAGCUGGCUGGAGGCUGUGGCCGAGUCCAGUCUGUGCUGGUGGAAGGAGGCAUGUGGGUGUUGUACGAGGGAAUCAACUACCGCGGCGCUCAGAUUUUGCUAAAACCUGGUGAAGUGCCCGACUGGCAUAAGCUCAGCAGCUGGCAGAAGAUCGGAUCCCUCCGCCCUCUUAUACAGAAGCAGGUGCACUUCCGUUUAAGGAACCGACAGACGGGGCUAAUGAUGUCCGUGACCGGCGAUUUGGAUGAUGUCAAACUGCUGCGGAUCCAAGAAACAGAGGAGACAGAUGGCUUUGAGCAGAUUUGGUUCUACCAGAACGGACAUCUGCACUGCAAGCUGUUGGAGGAGUGCUGCUUAAGUCCCAGUGGCAGCGUCACUAUGGCAGGAAGCCGUGUGGGUCUCACACCAGAGCCAGACAACCAGGUCAACCUCUGGAGCAUCACCCCAGACGGCUUCAUUCGCUACACCCUCACCUCUGAUCUCGUCCUGGAAGUCAAAGGUGGCCAUCACUAUGACAAAACCAAGUGAUUCUGAACACGUUUGAUCCAAAUAAACUACAACAACAGUGGAAUUUGGAGAUUAUAUGAAAACAUGAGCUGCUCAACUGGAUCCCUGAUAUUCAGAGUCAGAGGCACGGCUCUGUUGGAGACUCAGCGUCAAGAGUUCGAGGGUUCGAGGACGAGGUGCAUCAUUGGAGCUGCUCGGCAUUUUGCUGCAGGGGCAACAACAAAAUUCUCCAACGAAGAGGUCAACUUGGAGAGAAACGGAUAAUUUCAUCAGAAUGUAUUACAACCCUCUGAAUAUACAACCAGCGGGGUCUUGAACUUGAAAUGCUCAUUUUACACUACCAGUAAUAUAUCUUCAAGGUUUAUGUUUUGUCUCUUCAUUGAAUAAAUCUAUUUCUACGCGAUUUUAAUUAACUUAAACAGUGUUAACCCGUUUUCAUAUCUUUUUAUUCAAUGUCAUGAUAUACAGUACAUACUGAUGUUCCUUCCAGCUGCAUGCAACACGAGGAAACAAAACAUAUUGUAUCGUGUCUUUUUAUUUUUGUUUAAUGAAAACUAUACAGCUCAGACUCAUUUUGUUUUCAGAGUAACAAAAGUAUUUUUGUCAAUAAAUUUCUUAAAUACAUUACACGAAA